AGUGUGAGCUGCUAGAAUCACCAACGAUGCCGAGCCGGUUCGUGAGAGCGUGCAAAGAUGAGCUGGAGGUACGAAACUGUGGAUUCGCGCACCUGCCGGUGGAAGAGUUCGUCAAGUCACAGUGGCAAACGAGAACCAAAUCCAUCUUGUUUCUGCUCUACCGGCUAGCGCUCGCCAUCUUCUUCACCGGUGUCGUCAUCAACUCGAUGGUGGUGGCGGUGGAACGGGAUGAGUUUGGUAAAUACUUCAUCUACCUGACGCACUGGGGCAUCCUGCUGUGUAUGGGCACGACCGUUAUGGGCGCGGUACUUGUCAUGAUCUGGUACUUUCAUCCGGAGUACUCGGAGAAAAUUUGCAACUGCGAUGAAAUGCCCAAUUCCUUCAAAAUCUACUGGAUGGUGCACAACAUCACGCUGAUCCUGUCCGUUUGUAUCACCGUCAUCUACUGGAGUAUCCUUCACAAUGAAACGAUGCCGGUCGAUCCGAACAACAUUCUCAUCCACGCCUGCAACUGCGUGUUUAUGUUCCUCGAUCUGAUCAUCGUCGCGCACCCGGUGCACAUCUGGCACGUCGUGCAGCCGAUCACUUUCGGACUCCUGUACUGCCUGUUCUCGGUCAUCUACUACGCCGCCGGCGGCACCGACAGAUUUGGCCGACCGUACAUUUACAACGUUCUGGACUGGAACGAGCCGGGCAAAGCGAUGAUCACCGUCGUCGGCACAAUCCUGCUGGCCAUGAUCAUCCACAUGGUGAUGUUCGCCAUCUACAAGCUGCGGGUGAAGAUCUACCUACGGUACUGCAACCAUAAACCGAUCAUACCGACCAACUCGACGCUGCAGCUUCAAACCGGAAAAAUCGACGGCAUAUCGAUGGUGUACGGAAACGAUAACAAGGGCUUCACCAUCGGUGAAAGGUACUGAGGUUAAGGUGGCUGAAAUGGUUCGGAUUCGACGCCGUCCCAAUGGACCGGAAUUGCGAAACGUUCCGUCGGUCCGUGCACGACAAUCUCGGCAUGAAAAUUUGCACGUUCCACUUUUAAGGCGACUGGGUAGGGCACUGAUAGUUGAUCGGUUUUUAACAAUGCGUUUGCUUCUGUUAAGUAUUUUACAUAAGUAUUUGUGUACGUUUUAAGCAUAAGCUGUGAUUAUUUUAAUAAAAUAUAUUUCUGUUGCUAAGG